UCAGGCCAGCUCCUUUUCUUUCCUCCCUGGAAAAUCAAGAACAGCCCCUGCCUCCCACUUUCCGAUCCGAGAGAGUCAUUUUCCAAAAUAAUCAUCUCUCGACUCUAUUGAAUUGGUUUAGAGGAUGGUGAGUUUGUGAUAGAGAAAAUCUGGACUGUAAAUUGAAGAAUCGUGGAUUGCAAACAAUGCGGUUGUUUCCUUUGAGUUCAAGUUCAAGCUCAAGCUCGGAGAAGGAGCAGAGUAUUGGAGGGAGCAGUCGCGUGAUGCUGUAUCUUAACAUCUAUGAUCUUACACCUAUAAAUAACUACCUUUAUUGGUUUGGCCUCGGGAUCUUCCAUUCCGGUAUUGAAGUGCAUGGUAUGGAGUAUGGCUUCGGAGCCCAUGAGUACCCAACCAGUGGGGUGUUUGAGGUGGAACCAAGAAGUUGUCCAGGCUUCAUUUUUCGACGGUCUGUGUUAUUGGGCAGCACCAACAUGUCUCGUUCAGAAUUUCGGUCAUUCAUGGAACAUCUUUCUGCAGAAUAUCAUGGAGACACCUACCAUUUGAUUGCCAAGAAUUGCAACCACUUUACUGAUGAAGUCUGUAAGCGAUUAAUUGGAAAGCCUAUUCCUGGAUGGAUAAAUCGAAUGGCUCGAUUAGGCUCUUUCUGUAAUUGUUUACUGCCAGAAAGCAUACAGAUCACAGCAGUUAGACAUCUUCCUGAUCAUCCAACAUAUUCUGAUGAUGAUGAUGAUGUUGGAUUGGAAUCUGUUGCGUCAUCUAUGACAGCAGGGAGUGAAGAAGAGGGUUCAAAUCAUCAUCUGCUCACUGCACCAAAUGGUGAAGUUGCAUUUUUAAAGGAGAAACCAGUGAGGCUAGCAAAGGAACUCCUAUAGGGUUUGUCCUGCAAUUCCUAUUCUUUCUAUCUUGAAUCUUUCUAUUGUUUGUACUUUAGUGUAUGAUCUUGGUAGACCGGAGAAUGGGUCUUGGCUGAAUUAUGAGUACUUUAGUGUAUGUGUCCUGGCAUGUGACGAUCUUGCUUCAGACUUCUCUAGUGCCUGUGAUUUUUCUAAUGGUAUGGCUAUUCCUCAGCA